AUGGGGGAAAUACCCCCGUAUCAACCUAUCGAUGAUGAAGAAGCAGCCUACAGAGAGGCCCAUCAAGCGCUAGUUGAAGCUUUAGAGGAACAAGCUACUCUUCGCGAUAGGCUUAAUCAAAUAGCUAAAAGAAAUAUGCCCGCAGAAUGGGGACAACCUGUUAUUAUCACUCCCAUUGAAGGUCGAAUUAGGAGUAAUAAUGCAAAUUUAUCACCGGCAGAAAUAAUUCAUCAGCUAGAAUCAACAGAAUUAUUAUUAUCGCGUACCAAACAGUCAGUUGCUUCAUUAAAUGAAGAAAAAGCGAAAGUUCAGAAAGAAAUUACGGAUAUUCUUGAAAAAGCACCAUACGAAGUAGCUCAAAUUGUGUCAGAUAAUGCAAUGAAACAUAAACUCUACAUUAUGAACCUUCAAAGAGACCUUGAAAAGGAAAUUAAUAUUUGGGCGGUUAAAAAGCGAGAACUGCUUUCAGAAUCUGAACAACUUUCCAUUUCAUCCCAAAUGAAAUUAAGAGAAUCAGUCGCCCAACAUGAAAAAGUUGAUGCACAAAGAGCUAAAACUCAGCAAUUGGCAGCAGAACUUCGACAAUUACUUACAAAAUCCAAAGAACUUCGAGAUAUAUUAGAUGAUUAUAAAGUUAAAGUGAAUUUGAUAGAAACACUUGAAGGAGAAAUCGAAGCAAAUAAAAUGAAAUCAGAUAAAUUACUUGUUGAAAUAAAUCAACAGAAAAUGUUACUUAGAGCUAAAAAAGUCAGUGAUGAAGCUCAAAAAAAGAUCGACCAACAGAACGACCAAAUACUAGAACUUAAGUAUUCUGUAGGUGUUGCUCAAAAUGAACUUGAAAGAGCAAAAUCUGAAAAAAUUAAUCUUCAAGCUCAAGAAAAUGUUCUCAAACAGUCAUUAGAAGAAGCAACUGAUCGUUUCAAAGCCGCUCAGACUCAAGUUUCUGUUUUAGAAUCAGAAAUUGACUUUUUAACUGAAGAAUUAAAUAAAAUUAAAGGAAAGAUAAAGGAUGAGAACGAAAAGAAUGUAGAACUGAAUAAAACCUAUAGAAGUUGGAAGCUUGAAGCAGUAGAAGAAUUUAUUGGUAAAAAUCAUAAAAAGAUUCAUCGUCCAGAGCGCGUUGUUGAAUCUCUCAAUGGUGUUAUGGAUGAAUUUUAUCACAGAGAGCGUCCUUCCACUGUUACAAUUUCAGAAAAAAAGAAACCUAAAAUUAGAGUUAGUAAAAAGCCAAGGCCACAAACGGAGAUGCUCUCUGCAAGAAGAAAACCGCGUUCUUAA